GAAUGUUUCAUGGGCGAUGUUUUGGAAGUGAUAAGAUUUUUCUUUCGAGACUUUCGGGGAUUUUCCAUGCACGUAAAAGACACCCAUCGUGAGGUGAAAAGUGACCAUGUAUCGUCUCAAUUGGCAUCUUAAGUGCCUCAAGCAGCUGACGGGGUACGUCCGACCGGUCAAUAAUGCGGGAAUAUUGGGGUAUGCCACGAAGAAGAAUGCUGCGGAUGAUGUGACAGCCACAGCAGGGGAGAAAGUGGACAAAGGGCAGAAGAAUCAGGAUAAAUUGAAGCCCAAGAUUACCCUCCUUGGCCCAGAUAGUUCCACGACAAUUGUAACACUCGAGGAGGCACAGAAAAUCUCCAAGAGGCGCGAAAUGAAGCUCAUCAAGGUGAUGAACUUUGACACGAAAACCCAGAGACCCACUUACAGAUUGAUGACGAAUGCUGAAUUCAAGGAGGAGCAGCUGAAAUCCCACGUUGGCAGUGAUUCCGAUGAGAAAAAUGAACGGAGAGACCCCCCAAAGGGGGAGAAACUCCUUCAGGUGAACAAUAAAAUUGGCGAUCAUGACCUUCAGGCACGCAUAAAGAACGUCACAAAGUGGCUUUCAAAGAAUAAUCGUGUUGUUGUCGUUAUUUCCGGUGCUGGCGCCGAUGCCGCUUCCUCCGAGAAGAUUUUCCGGGAGAUUGAAAAUGCAACAAAAUCCGCUGGGAAAAUUGUCCAGAAACGUGGAAAGGGAAGUGAUAUUCGCUUCCAAAUUAAUCCUACCCCGUCUGCCAGGACGGAAGAUGACAUAAAGGCAGCUAAAAUUUCAUGACUAGCCCUUCUGAUGCUCAAAUACUCCAUUUGGUCCAUUAUUCUGUAUCAUUUCCUCAUCCGAUGAUGCGUCCAAUGAAGCCAGAAAAACAUUUUAUCCAUUUUAUUUUAUUAUCUCUAAACUAGAUUUGUUUUUUUUAUUAAAUUGUACAUUUUCUUUGGGGAAUAGCUCAGGAAAUUUCGAAAUAAUUCAAUAAAAUUGACUGAAAUUAAA